AAAAACCGUGACAACUGUUUAGGGAUCUGGGUCAAUGAACGGAGGACACUUUUCAGUGAAAAAUAUGUUUUCAAAAUUUGUCUUGAAUUGAUUUUUCAUCAAUUUUGUCAUAGGAAUGUCAGGGCGGAUUUUGAUUCGCGAAUACGGAGUGACGUAGGCAGAAGUCAACAUGUCUGUCUGCUUUGCCCCAGUGACCGAUGAAUAAAUCAUUAUAAUGAGAGUAUAUUAAGCUUGAUCCUUUUCCAGCUGCUCGUUACUCGAAGUGUACGCGAGAGAGGAACAAGUUUACGAGUGAUUGUGUAUCGUGCUGCUGAGCUUUCUUGGAUACGGCUUUUUUUUAGGGGCAAAUAUUGGAUCAUAAUGUUCAGUUUUCACAAACCAAAAAUUUAUCGCAGCAUAAAUGGCUGUUGUAUCUGCCGUGCGAAGUCCUCGAGCUCUCGCUUUACGGACAGUAUCAAAUAUCAGGAUCAGUUUGAAAAGUGUUUCCGGAUUAGAGAUUCACGACAUGGAGAAAUAUGUAAUGCGUGUGUUUUAUUGGUGAAAAGAUGGAAAAAAUUACCAGAAGGAACAAGCAGACAUUGGCAUCAUGUUGUUGAUGCAAGAGCUGGACCAGGAACAAAAUCAUCUCAUAAAUUAAAGAACCAAAAAAGUCCACUGAAAUUCAAGAAACAUAAGAAAAAGAUAAAGAAAGAGUCCCAAUUUCAAAACAUUCCCAGUCCAACAUUUUCUGAUGCGUCAGGAAAUGAGAACAGCAUAGAUGGAACUGAAACUUUCCGACAGAAACGAUCACAAAGUUUAAGUGAUGAAUCGGAUACAGAAGAUGUUCCAGCUCGAGAAGUUAGUCGUCCCAGAAAACGAUCAGGAUCUCAAUAUGUCAGUUCCUUCUUAGAUCUCACCUAUUGGAAGAAAACUCAGGUCUGCUGUGGAAUUAUAUUCAAGGGCCUGAAUGGGGAAGUGUUGCUUGACCCCAAAUUACUUCGGCCCUGUUUGUCUUGUAAUCCUGACAAAAACAAGCACAGUACAGAAAUGCAUCGAAGUCAGUCGGUGGAAACGGAGAGCAACGCAAGCAGUUCUGGAUAUAACGAACACGAUAAUGAUAAUGGUGACGAUAAUGACUUUGACUCAAAGCCACAAGAUGAAGACUCAAGUAGUGCAUAUUCAUUAGACAAUUUACCCACAAUGCCAGACAAUAAAUUCUCAGCUGGAUUUACGACACAUGCGCUAGCAAUGGAGUGUUAAAUCAAAUUCGGAGUAUAUUUAAACAAGAAAAAAACAAGUGAAAAGGAGUGUGGAUUAAUUUAUAUAUAACAUAUUAUUAAUGUAUUACGAGACAAAGUUUAAAUUAUAACCUAUAGGCAUAACUCAGGAUUUCCUUCCAAAAACUGAUACAAGACAAUAUUAUCACAAAGUGACAAUUUUUUUAACCUGCCAUUUUCACGUUACAUCAGUGACUUACAAAACCAUCGACCUAUGAAUGAUGUAUGUUUGAAUUAUCUCCCCCUGUGUGUGUUUUUUUUAUAUCGUGAGGAAUUACCGAUAGGAUAUUUUUUAUUUAUAAAUCUUGGAGUUUAUUUGUUUUAUUGCUCAACUUAUCAUCGUUGCUCUGUUCUUUAAAAUCAAUUGAUGGAUGCAACUUUGAGGAUAUAUAGUACAUCAAAUAUGGAGGUAGGCUCUUCAAUGGUUGUGAAAUUCAUUUUUACAAAUACUCCUGUAGUUAUAAUCACCCAAAAAAAGGGAGAAUGAGCCAGAGAAAAAAAAAACAUUUCUUAGCCAUUGAAUUGAAAAUAUGCAUAACUGAGAUUUUUCUUGUGUGUGUGUACUUGGUUUCUUUGUGGUAUAUAUCUCUCUGAUCUGUUCCAUUAAAUGGAAUAUUUCAGUGAUGGUUUCUUGAUUUUUUUUUUACACAUUUUCCAGUCGAUCUUAUUUCAUACCUAAUUCCAGUUACAGUUCCUUGAGAAAAUUAUAUCAUUGUUAGAAGUAAGCUAUCGAACGGCUCAUUGUAACAAGGCUCUUUCUUAUUCAGGGAUCUUUGUGAUCAGUUAACCUCAGACUGUCUUCAAAAUUGAACAGUUUACCACCCUAAAAUUUAAAUAUGGAAUUUGAAUUACUUUAAAAAGCAAAAUUAAGAAUUGGGUGUUAAGUCAUAAUUAAAUUUGGCAACCUUUAAAAUGUCCGGAAAAAUUUCAAAGAGCCUAGUGUUGCAGUCUUUAAUAAACAAUGAACGGUAGCCUAUUUAUCAUCCUGCAUGAACCAACAAAUUCCCAUGCUUUUAAAUUGAUCUCAAAGCAGUUUAUCUAUCAUCCUAUCUAAAUAAAUCUAAUAUGCUCUGCCAAAAAAGUUUUUUUUUUUAAAUUUUAGUUAUAACAUCUUAUUCAUCCAUCAUAUUUCUCAUAAAACUGACUAUGCAGUCAUUUGAUAUACAAGCAGUGUCAUUUUGCCAGGUCGUUCAUUUCUUUGUCCUAUUCCUCACCUUUAAGGGCCAUGAAAAGAACACAAAUUCAAACUGCAUGAGCAUCAUUCUCAUCCAAAAGCAAUGAAGUUGUUGCUUUAAUUCCAAACUUCUUUUUUUUUUUAAUUAACCAAACAUGCUAAUUGUCUUAAGUGAUGCAACUUCAAUCUCUUUCUGUACUUGCAAGCAAAUAUUGUCAAUGCAAUUUCUUUGCAAUAACAUCGAAAUACUGAAAUUAUCAUCAGGUCUUGUCAAUGAUUAGCGUACAGCAACUGAAUGGUGGUGUUUUAGAGUGUUUAAAUUGGUUUCUCCAUUUGCAUAUUCUAGCUGAAAGCUGAAUUAUUGAUUCUGUCAAAUGUCCUUGAAUGCAAUAAUGAAGGUCAUUUGAAGUCAAAAAGGGUUGUUUUAGCAACAGUAAGCCUAUUAUUAUUAUUCCUUUCAUGGAACAUCAUGUAACUUUCAACAGUUACAAUUAAUUUGCCUUUAAUCAAAAGAUGCCUAAAUUUCAUAAUAAAUGAAAAAAAAAACCUUCAACUGCUAAUAAAGAAAACAAUAACCUGCCUUAAUUCAUCUCCAGUUCAACAUCAAUCAGUAAUCAAGGAUGUAGAUACAACAUGGAGUUGAAACUAUUUUAAAACAGUUGGAAAUUUGUUAGCACUUUAUCUAUGAGAUAAUUGCUGUUAUCACUGGUCAUCAUCCAUGGUACAUGUACUCUAAAUCUGCAACCCAAUGGGUUUAUACAAGAUUGAAAUGUACAUGUAAUAAUGUGUUGAUACAGUGUGCCUGAAAACAACCCACUGUGUUGCCCAUUAGCAAUGUAUCUGUUAUAUUAAGUACAUGUCCCACUCGGAGAUCAAAAUUGGAAAUUUAUUCACAAUAUUCAGGUCAUUGCUAAGACCAGAGAAGCCUAGAUAAAACGUCACUCAGUUAUAAGUAGUAGAUGUAAUUAUAUUCCAUAAAAUUGUUUAGUUACAGUUCUUUUACUAAAUGCCAUUGAAACAAUUUAAUAUUAAGGUCAUUUUGUAUGCAGAUUAUCUACAUCCUUGAAUAUAUACAAAAAUAACCAAAAAACACAAGUUCAUUCAACAAUGAAUUAAAACAUAGAGAAUACUCAGUGAAUAUGCAUGAAAAUUAGUCAUUGAAUUUUUUUUU